AUGGUCGGAGCAGCCGCCACUCAGAUCCCUCCUCAGCAGCCGCCGCCGCCGCCGCAGCAAGCCGCGUCUGCCGCCCCGAUCCGGUUCUCCCGCUCUUUCGCCAACGCAGUUAAGGCGGCCGCCGUCGCCCAGCGGUUGUCUCUCUAUCUCAACGCCGACAAGGGCUCCGGCUCGUCGCCGUCUGGCGAUAAUCCCAUGGAAUUCGUGAAUCUGUGCCUUUUUCUCGCCAGAGGCAUUGACUAUGCUGUUGCAAACAAUGAGGUUCUGCCCAAAGCUCUUGAGUUACCCCCAUUACUGAAAAAGAUCUGCCUUCUUAAAGAUGAUGGUUUCAAUCGUGCAAUUAUAAUGGUUCUGAUGAUCUCUGUUAGGAAUGCAUGCAAAUUUAAAUGGUUUCCAGAGAAGGAUUGUCAAGAGCUCCUUGCCCUUGUUGAUGAAAUUGGGAAAAGCUUUCAAAUUCCAAGAGACACUACUGUUGGAAGUACUUCCUCUUUUUCCCUAGUUUCAAUUAUUAUGGCAAGAUUCUAUCCACAGCUGAAGAUGGGCCAAAUUCUUACUUCGCUGGAAGUAGAGCCUGGAUAUGGAGCAUUUGUCAGUGAUUUUCCCAUAUGUAAGAGCAUGGUGCACUCUGCAGAAGAGAAAGUAAGGUUACUUGUAGCACGGACAGAUAACAUAGAGACAUCUGCAUGUAUCAUAACUCCUCCACAAGUUAGCUUUCUACUGAAUGGAAGGGGAGUAGAGAGAAGAACGAAUGCCUUCAUGGACACUGGACCUCAGAUGCCUACUAUUGUCGCGCAAGUGCUUAAAUACGGAACAAACCUUCUCCAAGCGGUUGGCCAGUUUGAUGGUCAUUAUGUGAUAAUCGUUGCCUUUAUGAGUGUGGCAUCGCUACCUGAUUCAUCAACGCUAUUAGAUUAUGUUCCAGCAACCGUUGCUGCAGCAGAUUCAGACUCCGACAUAAUAGAGGUGGCAUCUCGUAUAUGUCUCAAUUGCCCCAUAAGCCGAACCCGUAUCCAAUUACCUGUCAAAGGACAGUUCUGCAAACACCGUCAGUGUUUCGAUUAUAGUAAUUUCCUCAGCAUAAAUUCAAGGAAACCAUCUUGGCGUUGCCCUCAUUGCAAUCGACCUGUCCGCUUUACCGACAUUCGUGUUGAUCAAAACAUUGUGAAGGUCCUGCAAGUAGUGAGUGAUGACAUUUCUGAGGUGACAAUCACUGUUGAUGGUUCAUGGAAGGCAGUUAUGGAGUGCAAUGAUGAUCUUUAUGAGACUCCCAAUGAGACCCUGAACUGCCUUAAACAAGGGUCUGAGCAGCAAAAAUCUACUGUUUCUCCAAGUACCAUUCCCAAUGUUUUGGAUCUAACAGGGGAUGAUGAUGAAAUGGAUGGAGCCUUUACUUCUGAACCUGAAGAUAGCAAACCUUUGCAAUCUGAUUUUUUUAUUCAAAGCAUUCCCACAAAUCCAUCUUUGCCAUCUGCAUUAAACAACGGCUGCACUGUAACCCAACUUGCUCAAUCGGGAAAUAACUUGCCUGGAUUUGUUCAAACUCCUUCAACAUCAAACGCUGGGCAGGAGAUGCAAAUACAUGGGGGUCUACCUCAGGCAACCUCUGCUAUUGUCACUUCGGCAUCGGCUGGUGCCGUUUCUCCUGCACCAGCUCAAGAUGCUCAAUUUCUUGGAAAUGCUAAUUUCAUGGACUGUAGGAUGCAAACUCAAUUGUCUGUUCCCAAUAAUCUACAAAUACAACAGUCACCAUUUGUAAAUACAGCUGGUGGACAUGAAUAUAGAAACAUGCCCUCCAUACUUAGACAUGCAACUAUAACUGAAGGAAUGCAGGCCCCCCCAGCCAGUGCCCAGACACCAAGCCCAUUGCCGCGAUUACGGAGUUUGAUGAUGCCCGGUGGUCCUUCCAUGGCUCCGCGGCCUACAAUGUCUACGACUCAGCCUCUAGAAGGUUUUGGAAGCGUAGGAAUGCAGUUGGACAGGCAGCAGCAUAUUUCUAGACCUCCUGUGAAUCCCCCUGAAGUCUCGAACAUCCCUCCAUCAGCAUUGCUCCGGAGCUCACCAAUACAGGAUCGAUUCUCCAUGGGGCAAUCAGUCCAAAUGCCUCCGGUGGUGCGCCCGUCUCCUGGUCAACUUCAAGGUCGUCCUAGAACGCCCUCUGGACCAUUCCAAACAUUCCAAAACUCGCACUUGCAGCAAGCUCUGAACCCAUCCACUACCCAUUCUCCAAGCAUGAAUAGACCAAUUCUUCCUCGCACUCCUUCUCCAGUCAGUCAAACACCUGGUUCAUCGAUGUUCUGGCCUUCUGCUCAACAACCAGCCAUGCCUGCGCAAACUCCGGUGCAGUUGCAGAAUCAGCCCUCGAGAAUGGGGUCCUCUCUACUUGAUAGUUUCUGGGAAUCGGUAGGUGACCAAGGAGCUAACACUGGGGUACACUCUCCCUCAAGUGGUGGCGGUACUGGGGAGUUGUCGGCGGAGCAAAACUGGCGUCCUACGCGUCCAAUGCGCGGAAGCAUUUCUGGACGGUCGCACUUGGAUAGUAAUCUCACUUUUAUCCGGCCAACCCAACAGGCUCAAUCUGCUCCGCCCCCAUCCGCCAUGGGUUCAGCCUCACCUACGGGUCCACCUCACCAACGGAGUCCAAACCCUAUAACUGGUAGCAGAAGUCAUCUAGGGUAUCCGCCGGGUACCCAGUGACAAAGCUAGAUCAUCGUGCCACGAUGACCGCCCAUCGGCAGAUGAAGGACCGAUUUUGGAUUUAAUGUCGGCUGGUAGUUUUUAGCAGUGGGUUCGCACCAUAGGCCAUCCGGGUUCAUGCGAAGGUCUUUACUCUGUGUAAUGGUCAAUGUAACAGUUUUGCCUCUGUAGAUGUGUGCGGAGUUGUAUCUAUAGUCAACGUCAUCUUUCUUUCUAUUGAUGUAAUGUUUUUUCAGACAAUUUCUUCUUCCUUUUUUUUCCUUCAAUUUCACGUUUGUUGCACGGUACAUU